AUGGCCCAUGACUUUUCAAGAAAUCUCAGCCUGAAAAAUGAGUUUGAGCUAGACUCUUUGUUGCAACAGGGCACCUUCAAACCGGUAUUUCUUUACCAGGUUAUUCUAUUCAAUUGCCUGCCUUGGGUUGCUCUGGUUAUACCUAAGCACCAUGGUGGCCAGUACCUUCGGCCAUUAGUCUUCGGACUCGGGGUUGCAUUUGCGCUUGAGCUUCUUAGAAACCACCGCGCUCUUCUUGGUGGAAAUGGAUAUUUGAUUGGCCUUAUCGCUGCCUGGUGGCUUGUAUGGGCCGCCACCCUAUUCUUGUUCUCUGAUGUUGAGCGUGAUUUUCAGCGCAUUGAGCGUAAUGACCCAGUGCGUAACUUGAAACUCGCCGAGAUUGAUGAACUGUCGAAACAGAUUGGAGAAACCGAUAAUAGAAUAUCCAUGUCAGACAAGGUCAAUUCCAACCAACACGCUCAAUUCCGCUGGCAAUCCUACCCAAGUACAUUCUUGCACCGGGUUGAGUGGUGUGCAGGGCUCUUGUUCAAUCUUCGUGGCCCCGAAUGGAAUUGGCGGGCCUCUCGUUUCGGCCCAUUGCCUCAAACUGUAUAUGCACAGCUGAAAUCUGGUUUCCUCUCGAACAAUUAUUCUGUGGAAGAGGAUGAAUCCUACAUUUCUACAAAGGAUUGCCUUCGGAAUGCAUUCCGAACAUUCCUCAUCUCCUAUAUGACUCUGGAUAUUUUGAAAGUCGUUAUGAUGAGAGAUCCCUAUUUCCGAGGCAUCACAGCAGAUGCAAUACCUCCCUUUCCGUUUAUAUUCCUUGCAUCAAUACCUCUUGGUAUUCGCUUUUACCGCUGUUUUAUCAGCUGUAUGGGUGUUUACGUCGCACUCAAUUACGUUACUUCAUUGAAUCCGAUUUUCUUCCUUGGGUUGUCUUUAGCGUACCCUAAUGCAUCAAGAAGGCUAACGGGUGCCCCCUUGGAUGAACCAUGGCUAUAUGCAGAAAGCUUCGGUCCUUUUAUUGCCCCGACUUUGGAACAAGGACUUGCAGGUACUUGGGGUCGCUGGUGGCAUCAACUUUUCCGAUACGGAUUUACCUCUCCUGGGCGUUGGGUCAUCUCCUUGUAUCCAAUUUCCUGGAGAAAAAGCGCAGCGGUGAAACGUGCCACAUAUCUCAUAGUUGCAUUUGCACUUAGUGGCAUCGUUCAUGCAUGUGGCAGUUAUACACAGUUUACAAAUACUAAACCUCUUAGUGGUCCGUUUCUGUUUUUUAUAUCACAAAGCGUUGCAAUCAUUGUCGAGGGGGUUCUUCAAGACCGUGAUCCUCCCAAUGCUUCAUUUACAAGCUAUGCCGCGAUGGUUAAGACGCACAGCUAA